AUGUCGCGAAAGGUUGAUCAGAUGCCGAUGCCGGCAGAGGUUCUGCCGAUGAAAAUUAUCGUUGCAAGUCCUAGUCGUUCAGGGACAUUGGGACUCUACCAGGCAAUGCGAAUCUUGGGUUACAAGACAUACCAUUUCUAUGAAUGUAUUACCGUCCAUGGUCUACCCCAUAUGGAAAUCUGCUCGGAAGCGAUCACUGCUCAGUAUAACAGACUCUCUGGGGUGAAGAAGUACGACCGGGCCGAUUACGAUAAAUGGUUGGGAGACUACGACUGCCUCGUUGAAAUCCCAAGCAUGAUGGGACCAGAUUUGAUCGAGGCCUACGUCGACGAUCCCGAUGUGAAAUUCAUCCUCACGGAGCGAAACCCAGACAAAUGGGUCACUUCUGUCAAUAACACGUACUUCGAUGCGACGUUGUACCGAUUCCUCGCCAUGAACGAACUCGUUUACCGGGCAAUGUCUGGAUGCACUAGACCUGGUGACGCAGAAAAUGCUCAAAAUCUGCGCAAGCAUUAUACCGACUACAUCAAAAGAGUGAAGGAAAUCAUCCCGGCUGACAGGUUGUGCUAUAUACGACUUGAAGAUGGCCUCGACUGGGAGAAUAUUUGCCCGUUCUUGGGUGUUCCAAUCCCAGAAGAAGCGUAUCCCGGCCGCAAUGAGCCCGAAAAGUUUCAGAAAUUGGUUCAGGAAUUUCUUCAGCCGAAGAUGAUGGCUGCUGUUAUGAGGUUAAGCGCUGUUGCUGUCCCAGCGAUCGGAAUUCUAGGGUGGGCUGCUGUCAAAUAUGGGCCAUCAGCCCUUGCAGAGCUGAAAAGACUUUGA